AACCACACAAUGAAUCGUCUGCUAACAGUAAAAGAAAACGUGUUUUCAUGGCAUCUGCAAUUGGUACCAAAGUUACAGUGGCUGCUGGUGAUACAUUACGAAUAGGUUGUCCUGUCUAUCCUAGCACAAAUAACACAAUUCGCUGGUUUGCCAGAAACCAACCCGUAGAAGAGACUUCAGGCUUCAGGCACAAGACCCUGGUUGGGGGACGCAUCCUUGAAUUCAUCGUUGCCUCUGACCAGUUUGCUGGACAAUACAAGUGCUGGGCUUCAUCACAUAUCAAGCCAUUGUCUGUCUGGGUAAAUGUCCAGAAGGAAGAAUAUCACUGGAAGCUUGCUGAACAAAGUCCAUGCUCAACAGCUUGUGGAAAUUUAGGAACUCGCUUCUGGAAAUUUCUAUGUGUGAAUACGAAGGAUCAAAAUGUGAAUGCGUCACUAUGCAAGGACCAUCAAAAGCCAGUCGUAAACAACCCGCAGUCCUGCGAAAUUCAAGAUUGUCCAGCAAGGUGGGCAACCACAGCUUGGUCUGAAUGCUCUGCUUCCUGCGGCCAUGGAUUCCACCGCCGGCGAAUAACCUGCAAGCAAGUCAAAGCCAACCGGCGUGUCUUAACUUUGCCUCCAGGCGCUUGUGCUGACCAAGAGCGUCCUCUGGAAAUCAAACCUUGCGUGGGCCGUUUUUGUGCAGAAUGGAUGGUUCAUCCCUGGGGCCAAGUAAUUAAUUCAAUGAUGAAUGAAUCACCUCUACCACUGGCUGUGCACCAACCCUUGUUGAGGAGCCUCAAAACUGCCUAAUAACUAUGCACCCCUCUCUAAUUUCUAUCUCUUCU